AUGAACAAUAAUCUGGAAGAGGAUUCCUCUGCUGAGGCUCUUUGGAGAAUGUAUUCAAAAGCUAAAGCAUCAUUACCUUACAAAGAACGUAUGCAAAAUCUCACAUGGAGAAUGAUGAGUAUAAAAUUCAAAAGACAACAUAUUUUACCUUCAUUCCCAGAAUCUUCCACUGCAACUUCACCAAAAAUAAAAAAAAAUGUCUUUGAUGAUAAACCAAAAUAUAAUCCUGAGAUAGCUAAUGGUGAUGAAUAUCUGAACUUAUCUGAAAUCCCAAGUCUUACAGCUACAUCAACAUUUUCAAACAAUCAUAACGAACCAUCAAAUUUAACAAAAUUCUUUCUCGAGAAUGAACAAAAAUCGAAAAUUAAUUCUAAUAUCAAAACUGAACCAGAGAUUGAUCCAACUUCUGAUGAUUUUGAUUACGUGGCUCAUAUUAAGAAGAUUGGUCAACAAGAAGAUCAAAAUAAUAAUUUCACUUCAAUUUCUUCAAGCUUUCAUGAAAAUGAUUCUAUAAUGACUGAUUAUUUACCAACUAAAGAUUCAAAUUUAAAUUCACAAUCUAUCCCAAUAUUAAACAACAUUCAUCCACAUGCUAUAAAUGUCCCAAACUCGUCAAGCUACAAUUCCAAUUAUCUUGAUUCUCCAGGAAAUGAUUUGAAUUCUUACUUGGAUCCACUUGAGACUAUAAGUAACUCUUAUGAUCCACCUUCAAAUUUCCAUCAUAUUUCAAACAGUUUCAGUGAAUCACAAAAUUAUUUUAAUAAUAUGUACAAUACACAAGCUACGAAUUCACCAGUUUCAUCAUCAGCACAUACUCCAAUAAUGAAUGAUGGUUCUUUUUUUGAAAGCUAUUUUAAUAACAGUGGUAACAAUGCAUCAUUUGCAAGAAACAACAACAAUCAAAGUUUUGCAAGCAAAUUCAGAAGGGUACCAUCUAUGACUUCAAUAAACAAUAAUAACAUCAAUGAUGAUGAGACAUUGAUGAACGGAAAUGAUUUCGUUUCAAACCUAUCCUCUUCAUUAAAUUCAAGAAGGCCUUCUACAGCCUCAACUAUAAGGAAAAAGGCUAAUAUUCCAUCAAAACUAACCAAAGCCAAGAAGAACGUUUCAUCGACUCAGUUAUCAGGUAUAAAUGUUUCAGGAAAUAAUUUAUCUUCUUCAGCUCCAAAUAAAAGGGAAGACUCAACUUCAAAUGCUAAUACAAGAUGCACAAAUUGUAACACACAAACAACACCUUUAUGGAGGAGAAACCCUGAAGGGCAGCCUUUAUGCAAUGCUUGUGGGUUAUUUUUAAAGUUACAUGGUGUUGUUCGUCCCUUAUCCUUGAAAACCGAUGUCAUUAAGAAGAGACAAAGGGGUUCAGGAAGUACUUCAACUGCUUCAAACAACAACAACAACAACGGUAAUAAUGUUAACAAUCAGCCAUUUUCACCUACUAAGGUAGAUUCAAAAUUGGGUAAAAAAGAAUCAUCAACAAAUAAUAAAAAUAAACCCACUGUUUCAAAUACAUCAAGACAAUUUAAGAAAAAGACACCUGGACCUUCAUCACAACCAACACCUCAACGUACACCAACUAGUGCUAGAGGAGAAUCGAACGAAAAUUCUCCUUUUAGUGGAAAUGCUGACAAUGAGUUCCUACAAGAUGAUCAAUUCAUUCAUCACUCUAAUGAUCAACUUCUCAAUGAUUCCGGUGGGUUUCAAUUCAAUACAAAUAUAGAUUUUGAUAAUCAAUUUGGUAAUAAUACGGUGAGCUCCUCAAAACUGGAAUCCAAUUUUACCACUACUAAUAAUAAAAAUGGUGAAUCAGGAAAAUCCGGUUCAAACAAUAAUUGGGAGUGGUUAUCUAUGGCGUUAUGA